AUGCCAGAGAAAGGCGGUGCUGGUGCAGUUGCCUCUCAAGAUCUCAAACGCGGGCAGAGCGUUGCCAAAGUCAGAGCUGUUGGCCUCUUCCCAAAUGAUCAAAGCCUUUGGGGGAAUGAAUUUGGCAAACGUUUUUACCGACAAGCGAUCGAACUUUUACCACGUCGCACCCAGAAUGUGAUUGCCAGCCUUCAUACAUCAGAAAUCCAACAAACAAAGGAAGAAUUCCUUGCAAGCGUGCUCAAUCAAAAUACAUUUGGCACUAAUCUGAACCCAGAGUUACGGAUGUUUUAUCAAGCCCUCGUCUUGGAACCAGCGGUGCGAUUCAAUCACGACUGUCGACCAAACGUCGAGUACUAUAUGGAUCAUUUUACUCAAUCAAUCCGCAUGACGGCUUCCAGGCAAAUUUUGGCAGGCGAGGAGCUGACGAUCAGCUACCGCGCCGCAGAAUUUACACGGGAACGGCGGCAAAAUUCCCUGAGUGAAACUUAUGGCUUUCGCUGCUCUUGUUCUCAUUGUCAGAUGAGCUUAGAGGAAGGUCGGAAGUCGGAUGAAAGGGUUUUGCGGGCCUUACAGCUCCAAAAUUAUCACUAUACGAGAGAGGAAUGGCUGUCGAUUGAAGAAGUUAAGGAGCUCAUUAACAUUUGUGAAAGGAUGAGCUUAGAGGAAGGUCGGAAGUCGGAUGAAAGGGUUUUGCGGGCCUUACAGCUCCAAAAUUAUCACUAUACGAGAGAUGAAUGGCUGUCGAUUGAAGAAGUUAAGGAGCUCAUUAACAUUUGUGAAAGGGAAAGUCUCACGUAUCAUUUGGUCACCGCCUAUUAUAUUGCCGCGCAAAUCUACAAUGCGCAUGGAAAAACCCUAGAGGCCGGUUAUUUUGCUGAGAAAGCUAAAAAGGACGGUCUGAUUUAUUUUGGGCCAACGUGGAAAUACCUAGACGACGCACAAAUCCUGAUAGACUUUCCUCAAAACCAUGAUUCCUACUUAAACAUGAGAAUUGAGUAUUAG